GGUGCAGAAUGCUGGGGAGGGGCGAGUGUAGGAUUCUGGGAGGAGGCGUGGCCAGAGCUGCUCGAGGGGGCGUGGCCGCACUCCCGGGGUCCACUCCGCGGGGCGGGGGAGGAAAGGGGUGGGUCCUGUGACGUCAGCCAGUCCGAAAGACCAGAGCCCGGCGAGGGGCCGGGGGCGCGGAGCCGCGAGCGCCGGACAGGGCGACCGGAACCCGGAGAGCGUAGCGCGGUGCGAAGCGGCCAGGAGUCGGAGCCUCCGAGGCCACCUGCUCGCCAGCCCCACUGAUCGGUGCACGCAGAGGGGCUCACAGGCCCCCGCCCGGGCCCAGUCCCUCCCCGGCCCCCCCAUGGCCGGGGCCGCAGCCCGCCCGCCGUCCACAUCGUGGCCGCCCUCGCUGCUGCUGCUGUUGCUGCUGCUGCUGCUGCUCCGGGGAACCGACGCACAAGAAGUGGUGGUGCGGGUGCCAGCAGAGGUGCGUGGCCGCCUGGGCCGCAUGGUCGAGCUGCCCUGCCACCUGCUGCAGCCGGCCACCGAGCUCAGCGUGUCGCUGCUGAUGUGGCUGCGCCUGGACGCCAGCGGCACCAACCAGAACGUGGCCAUCUUCCACCCGACGCUGGGGCCCAGCUUCCCGCGGCCCGAGCUGGGCAAGGAUCGCCUGGCCUUCGUGGCCGUCGGCCAGGGCGCGGGAGCCGGGCGGGAGCAGGAGCUGCGGGACGCCACGCUGGCCCUGCAGGACCUGCGCGUGGAGGACGAGGGCAACUACACCUGCGAGUUCGCCACCUUCCCCUGGGGGCCCAGCCGCGGGGUCACCCGCCUGCGCGCCAUCGCCCAGCCCCAGAACCACGCAGAAAGACAGGAGGUGACGCUCAGCCUGGAGCCUGUGCCUGUGGCCCGCUGCGUGUCCACGGGGGGGCGCCCGGCCGCCCACAUCACCUGGCUGUCACCCCUGAAGGGAGAGGCCAAAGAGACGAAGGUGGCAGGGCCCCUGCCCGGCACGGUCACCGUCACCAGCCGAUUCAGCUUGGCAGCCUCAGGCCAAGCCGAUGGGGUUCAAGUCACUUGCAAAGUGGAGCACGAGACCUUUGAGGAGCCCGUCCUGCUGCCUGUUACCCUGUCUGUGCGCUAUCCCCCUGAGGUCUCCAUCUCGGGCUAUGAUGACAACUGGUACCUUGGACGGAGUGAGGCCACCCUCAACUGUGACGUCCGCAGCAACCCAGAGCCCACGGGCUAUGACUGGAGCACGACGUCUGGUGUCUUUCCUGCCUCCGCCGUGGCACGCGGCCCACAGCUGGUUAUCCACUCGGUGGACCGUCUGGUCAACACUACCUUCAUCUGCACCGUCACCAAUGCCGUGGGCACCGGCCGCUCUGAGCAGCUUGUUCUCGUGCGAGAGACCCCCAACACGGCAGGCGCGGGGGCUACGGGGGGCAUCAUCGGGGGCAUCAUUGCCGCCAUCAUCGCCACGGCCGUAGCUGCCACCGCCAUCCUCAUCUGCCGGCAGCAGAAGAAGGAGCAGAGGCUGCAGGGGGAAGAGGAGGAGGACCUCGAGGCACCGCCCUCAUACAAGGCGCCAACCCCGAAAGCCAAGGCAGAAGAACCUGAGAUGCCUUCCCAGCUCUUCACGCUGGGGGCCUCAGAGCACAGCCCACUCAAGACCCCCUACUUCGAUGCUGGUGUCACAAGUACUGAGCAGGAAAUGCCUCGAUACCACGAGCUGCCCACUCUAGAAGAGCGAUCGGGGUCUCUCCUCCUGGGGGCCACAAGCCUGGGGCCCCCCACCAGCCUGGUGCCUCUGGGGCCACCUGCUGCUGGGGAGGUUUCCCUGGACCUGGAUGACCAGGAAGAGGAGGAUGAGGACUAUUUGGACAAGAUCAACCCCAUCUACGAUGCCUUGUCCUACUCCAGCCCCUCGGAUUCCUACCAGGGCAAAGGCUUUGUCAUGUCCCGUGCCAUGUACGUGUGAACCACUGGCCGCCCGAGCUCCCUGACCUGUUCACACACAGGCACCUCAUCUGCGACCUCUACCUUGUGACUUCUCACCCAUGACCUCUGGCCCAGAGAGAGUGUCCCCAACUCUGGAAACCUGGUAACCAUAUCUCAUGCAUGGUGGGGGACGUACCCCCCUUCUCUGCAUCUGCAAAGACUGCGGAGGCUGUGACUUGCCAUCCGACUCCCCCAAAACCCUUAAAGAAGACCUCGGACCUCUGAGCUGUCCUGGGGUUGCAGGUUCCCACUGAAUCUGCUGGAGUGGGCUUGGACUCACCCUGCUGCUCAGACCUGAGCCCUCCAAGCGGCAGAGCACCACUUCUCCCCGCCCCGCCCCACCCAUCACACCUUCUUCCCCAAAGGUGGGCAGAAGGGGACUCCCCAGCUUUUGAAGCCUAAUUUCCCCAUCGCCCCACUCCUGCCGGCAGGAGUCUCAGGAUACAGGCUCUUCCCCGAACCGCCCCACUCCUCCAGUCCCUGUCAGCCCAGAGCUGGUUGGGGUGAGUGAGCCUCUUGUAGAGUGUGCCUUGAUAUGGCUCCUGGGGACUUGAACCUGCUGUUACUUUGAAGACUACUGAGUUCUUUCCCUCCUGCCUAGGGAAGGGGUGGGACGGACACAAACAAGUCCCUGGCAAGGGAGUGGGUCACCUGCACAGGAGAUGUGAUAGCAUAUUGUAAUAUAUAGCAGUACCUACAAAUAAGAGUUUAUACUUCGA